CACAGAAUGUAGUCGUAAUGAAAAAUUAUAUUUGUUUUAACUAGUAUUUAUACUGGUUUUAGUUUAGUUUACGUGUUUAUAAUUCAUAAAAUUUAACUUGUUGUUUAUUGUACAUUUUACAUUCAUAAUUAAUUAUAAAUACAGACUUAUAGACUAUAGUUUAAAAAAUAUGUCUUCGAAGAAAGGUUUUUUUUGUAUGAAUACAUUGAAACAAUUUGAUGCAUUUGCUAAACCAUUAGAAGAAGUUCAAAUAAAAACUGUAUGGGGUGGAAUCGUUUCUUUGGUUUGUUUUCUAACCAUUGUUUUUUUGAUGGUGUCAAAUUUAGUUGAAUAUCUUGACAACACUCCCACUGAAGAACUUUUUGUUGACACAUCGCGAAAUAAAAAGUUACAAAUAAAUUUUGAUAUUGUUGUUCCUAAGAUAUCUUGUGAUUUUCUAGUUUUAGAUGCAGUUGAUAAUUCAGGUGAAACACAUCUGCAGGUUGAUCAUAAUAUUUAUAAACGGAGAUUAAAUUUAGAAGGACAACCAAUUAGUGAUCCUGAAAAAUCUGAUGAUGUUGGCAGUAAAAAAACAUUAAAUCCUCCGUCUAUGUUGAAAUCAAAUGAAACAGAUGAUGCUAAUAAUACUGAAGACAUUUGUGGAAGCUGUUAUGGAGCGGAAAGUUCAACUAUUCCGUGUUGUAAUACAUGUGAUGAUGUAAAAAGAGCUUACAAAAUGAAAAAUUGGGAUUUCCGUCCUUCAAGUAUAGAACAGUGCAAGAAUCAAUCAUCUCAAAAUGAAAUGUAUGACAAAGCAUUUAAAGAAGGUUGUCAAUUGUAUGGUACACUACUGGUAAAUAGGGUUAGUGGAAGUUUUCAUAUUGCUCCAGGAAUGAGUUUUUCGUUUAACCAUAUGCAUGUUCAUGAUGUACAUCCAUUUUCAUCUUCAUCGUUUAACACAACUCACACUAUAAGACAUUUAUCAUUUGGGCAAAAAUUGGAAUCAAUUAAUACAAGUCAUGGUGGUAAUCCAUUGGACUCAACUGAAUCUAUUGCCGGAGAAGGAGCAACAAUGUUUCAGUAUUAUAUAAAAAUAGUUCCAACUCUCUAUCAAAGAAGAGACCUAUCAAUAUUUUCUACCAACCAGUUCUCAGUGACCAAACAUAAGGUCCAAGCAUUCGAUAAAGGUCCAUCAGGCGCCCCUGGAAUAUUCUUUAGCUAUGAAUUUUCACCUAUUAUGAUCAAAUUGACUGAAAAGCCAAGGUUACUAGGGCAUCUGUUCACUCAGUUUUUGUGCAAUAUCAGCGGAGUUUUCAUAUGUUUUUGGAUUAUUGAUAUAUUUAUGUACAAAGUAUCUAAGGUGUACAAUAUACGCAAGAAACAAUUACCUAAUUCUAAUAACUAAAACAUAUUAUUUUCUGUAAUAUCAGUGGCAUGCUUUUGGUUAUUUAGUUGGGUGCAUUAACAACAGUUAAUCCUCUAGUUUUUUUGUGGCAACAUAAUUCAAUUAAUUCAAUUUUUACAUAAAAUAGACAAAGUGGAAAGGUAAAAGUUUUGGUAUAAAGCAGUGGCCUUAAACAUGUAACCCUCGUACCCUUUCAGUAUGGCCCACAAUGAAUAUUAAUUAUUUCUUCAAAUGUUUUGAUAUUUACUUUUAAAUAAAAAUCAAUAGUUAUUAAAUAAUAAAUCAAUAUGUACAUCUUUGUUAUACCUAGAAUUGAAUACAGUUAUAAUAUAAUAAUUAAAAUCAAUAGAAGAAAUAUAUUUUGUUCUAAUUUAUUUUGGAUUUAGUAUUAAGAUGAGGAAAAUAAAAGGUUAAGAUGAUGUCAGCACACUAUUUGUUUUCGCUCUUAGGCCCACUGUGGAGAGGAUACAUGUAACCUUUGAUAUUGGUUCAUUAAUUGUUCCUUUAUUUUAUGUAACAGAUUUGAUUUAAUUUAUCUUUUUUCUUCUCAAUGUCUCAAUUUUCUCUACAUCAAUAAUACUCUUUUCUCUAAAAAUGUCUCCUUAAUAAAAUAUUCUUUAGUAACUGUAUGAGAUUUACAUAUGCUUUUUCGUUUAUGUUAUUAUUAUAAUUAUUAAUUUAGUUUUAUAAUAUUAUCAAUGUCAGAAUCUCAUUAAAUAAUAAUAAUAAUAAUCAUAAAAUACUGAGGAUUUGUUUUUAUUCACUAAUAAUGUUUAAAAUACAGAAUUUAACACCUAACCAAAAUAUGCCACUGAUAAAAAUAAUAAAUUAAAACUAUUAUAUUGAAGUAUAUUUAAUAAAAAAAAUUCAGAAAACAUUA